CUUGCAAAGGGAAAUGCAGGUAGCAGAGCCACACCAGAGCUGCUGAGAACACACUACUCAUCUCCAGGGGUAGCAAAAAUGAUACAAAAACUCUUUCAUGUAAUAGUACUUUGUGCUGUCCUUAGUCUGGCAUGUUUUGUUGUUGUUUCGCUGUACAACCAAAACAAGAGUUUUUCUUUCUAUACUAUUUCACAUCAUGCAGAGAAGAUAAACGACACAAUUUCCAGGUUAAUAGAUGGACGUGUUCAUCAGCUGUGGGCACUGAAGGAGAAAGCCUCAACAUCCAGCCAAGAGAAGGCACAGACACCUACACCAAAACCUUUGGAUCCCUGCCCUGACACCUCUCCAUAUCUUGCCGGUCCUAUCGCCGUGGAAUUUGAUGAAAAAACUUUGGAUCAAGUGAGACAAGAAGUCGGUUUUCCACUUCAGGAGGGAGGACGGCACAAGCCACCAGACUGCACCUCCCCACAAAAGGUGGCAAUCAUCAUCCCAUUCCGAAACCGGCAUGAGCACCUGAAGCACUGGAUGUACUACCUCCACCCUUUAUUGAUCCGGCAACAGUUGGACUAUGGUGUAUAUGUCAUCAACCAGGAUGGAGAGGGAGUGUUCAACCGGGCUAAACUGAUGAAUGCAGGCUAUGUUGAAGCACUGAAAGAAUAUGAUUAUGAUUGUUUUGUUUUCUCUGACAUAGACCUAGUUCCCCUGAAUGACCGCAACCUUUACAGAUGUUUUGACAAUCCCCGACAUCUGGCUGUGGCUAUGGACAAAUUUGGCUACCAGUUACCCUACUACACCUACUUUGGUGGGGUUUCUGCAUUGUCUAAGGACCAAUUCUUAAAGAUUAAUGGCUUCCCAAACACUUACUGGGGCUGGGGUGGUGAGGAUGAUGAUAUCUAUAAUCGAGUUAUAUUCCGUGGAAUGUCCAUUUCUCGGCCCGACAUGGUGACGGGAAAGUACAAAAUGAUCAAACAUGAAAGAGACUUGCACAAUGAGCCGAAUCCACAAAAUCCUGGAAAACUGAGCCAAACCAGGAGGACCAUGAAUGAUGAUGGAAUUAACUCCCUCAAAUACACAGUCAAGGAGAUUGUGAAGGAUAAAUUAUACACUUUUAUCACUGUGGAUAUUGACGCUCCGCCAAAGUGAGUGAAGAUGGAACCUGUGGAUCCUGGAGUGGUUUUGACUAUUGGUUCACUGACUUUUCAUUCUCAGGAUUCAAACAAAAAGUGGGUGGUGCUCAGCCUAUUUUGUCUUGGGUGGAUUUAUGUUGUUAAAAUCUAUUUUCAAAGUCAGAGACUGUGGAUCUCCCCUCAGACAAAGCUUAGUUUGCCCGCUUGGUUUUGCUCAAAUCCUGGAUGCCUAUGGGAUCAUGAUUAUGGUAUUUCAUCCCAUAGACAAAGAAAAGUUUUGUCCUAAGGAAUGCAUUAGUUUGUGACUCUGUUCAAGGGGGAAAACUGCAAAAUCUCUGAACUACCUCUUUAACUAUCUCCGUUUGAUAACUAAUUUAAUAACUAAUAUUUUUUUCACUUCCACUUUGCCUCCCCCGAAACUCAUCAGAAUCCCGCCCCUGUAAACCUCAAUUGCAGAUAAGUUUCUGCUUGUUACAAGGCAAUUUUUACUUGCCACUGUCACCAAGUGCUUGCCCAUGGGUGAAAUGUAUACAAAUAAAAAUAUAGGUCUAUACUAAAAGUGCUCUGAGAAAACUGUUGCUAUGUAAAUAAAACUGACUUGUCUUUAACUUGCAUAUAUCUUAAGCAAAUUUGUGCUUGCAAACUGGAAUAUCACCAUCAAACAUGAUUUAUCAACCCCACCUCUCUAUAUUCAGCAUAUUUAGUUGUCUUCUUCACUGCUAAAGAAAGCUUUUCACCAUCCUUGCUCUGAUUGAAAAUUUCUUGGGUGUCAGUUACAGUUUUAAUCUUCCCUGGGGUCGGUUCUACAAGGGUCAUGAAAGGCUUGUUAUAAUUGUCUUGGAUCAUAUUGGAUAACUCUUAACUUAGCAGUCUAGUCUUAAAGUUUACAGUGUUAUGGUAAUCCUGAGAUUCCUCUUUAGAAUCAAGAGCAGCAAUCUAGAUGUUACUUCCGAUCUUAUAGAUAGGAAUUAACAUGUAUCCCAAAAUCUGAAGAAUAAAUACAUAAAAGUCACUCUCAAACUCACCAUCACUACAAUGAACUGAAAAUUUUGGUUAAUUUUGCUUACUGUAGCUGAAUAAGGGGUUUUCAGCUCUUCUCCCGCAUGAGUGACGUGUUUGAGUAUACUUAUCAAACAGUUCAAAAACUUUUGUAUCACUCCCCAUGCAAGGUACUUUCCUGGUAACAGAUACAGUUGGAAGCCUAAGGUGUCAGAGAAAUAGGAAUUUUUAGUUCAUUCAUGCAGAAGACGCUUUAGAAAGACUAUUAUAUAGCUCUUUACCCUGAGCAUGCAACACAUACAAACAGUCAUACAUAUAUGGUGUGUGGUGAUGCAGCCACAUGGUAAUUACAUUACAUUUAGAAAAGCAAGACCAGUUGUGCAUUCUGCAAAAUUCAACUCCGUUUCAACUCUGUAUCAAACCAAUAACUUGCUUCCUCUGACCUAAAAUUGCAAAAGGAAGUUCCACUCAUCAUUCAUCUUGUGAUUUGUAACGCAAUUCAUUUUCUGUUUUGCUGCUCACAAGCUCUCAAUAAUAAUAAGGAAAUAUCUAUUUUCCUGCCAAUUUCAUCAUUUCAAAGUCAGAAAUGUGUCACUGUAGAGACACACACGUGCCUGCUAUGUUUUAGGAACAACUUGGCUUGAACAGCCACGCAGACCUUGUUAAAUAUGCAUUUGUUCCUCCCUGGCAUCCUGGUGCACUGGUCUAAACAAGUCAUACAGGUCUUUACCUGUAUGACUUUCUCAGUAGAAGUUAACACCUAGCUUCACACUGUAUGGAAUGCAUUUGUCUUUCCAGUGUAUGCUCAGUCACAGAGUCAAAAGCCGGCCUGUUGAUGAAUUAUUGACAAGUGGUGAGGAUUACACAACAUAGCCCAGAGAGGAACUGUAGCAUAGGGAGGAGCAGCAGACAGAGGGGAUUGCAUAGACUGGAGAAAAAUGGUGGUAGUGGUGGUGGUUGGUCAUGAGGUUUCCACAAGUAUAUCCACAUUUAAUGUAAAUUUAUAAAAGUAUAGGGUGAUAUAUUGACAGGGUUUGAUGCUGCGUUAUAUAUCAACAAUUCAGUUAUUUGGAGGUGGUUCAGAUUUAAAAGUUUACAUUUUUUAUGUUUGUUAUGUUUUGUUAAACAGGAGAGGAAAUCUUGUACUGUUGAAAAAAAAUUAAGGACCAUUCUUAGAGCUAGUUUCUCUUAGAGCUCUUGUUUGUUUUGCAGCUGUAUAUUUUCUGUCUUUGCAUUUUAUUUUCAAUUCAAUUCAGUUCAAUUCAAUUUUAUUUAUAUAGUGCCUUCCACAAUCAAAAUUGUCUCAAAGCGCUUAACCAUUUUGACCACAGUCUAUUUUAAUAAAAGUGCUUGUGACACCUUA